AUGUCUUGGCGUGAACUCCUUCCCCCCUGGCUGGUGAUCGUAGCGGGACUGACGGGCAUCGUGCUGCUUUGUGUCUCCACUAAGGAUGUGCCCAUCGCCCCUCUCAGCACCAAGUAUGGGAUUGUUCUGGAUGCUGGCCCAUCCCGCACCAUCCUGUUCGUCUACCAGUGGACCACCAUCAAGGCAAACAAGACCGGGGUGAUCAGGGAAUUUAGUUCCUGUCCUGUGCAAGGUCCAGGAGUCUCCAACUACUCAGAUUCUCCUCAAAAAGUCAGGAAGAGCUUGGAGCCAUGUUUGAACUGGGCCCAGAAGGAGAUCCCAGCAGAGCUUCACAGCCAAACCCCCCUCUACUUGGGAGCAACCACCAGCACAAAGCAGCUGAACCUCACCCAUCCCAUCCUCUCUGACAGUCUCCUCACAGCCUUGACUGUGGCCCUGAAGUCAUCCCCCUUCAACUUCCAUGGGGCACAAAUCCUGUCUGGUCCAGACAAGGAAGCAUUCAACUGGGUUGCUGUUAACUAUGUCCUGGAGAACUUCUUCAAGUAUGACUGGCGAGGACAGUUGGUCCCCUCCGGGAAGGGGAUGGCAGGAAUCUUGUCCAUAGAAGGAACCUCAACACAGCUCACUUCCAAGGUGGAAAAAGAGAACCAAGGACCAAAAGAAGGAGUGAAGCUGCAGCUGUAUGGGCAGACACACAACGUGUACACCCAUCACUGCCCCUGCCACGGCACGGACCAGCUCCGCAGCAGGCUGCUCUCUGAGCUCAUUCAAGAUCAGAGAAAUGCUAAAACUGUGUCUAAUCCCUGCUGGCCCCUCACCUACUCCCGGGAAGUGAAGUGGCAAUCAGUGCACACUGGGCCUUGUGCCAUCAAUGAUGACACAUCAGACAUCCCUGGCCCUGAGGAGAUCUUCAACAUCACCGGCUCCAGCAAUCCCACCGCCUGCAUGAGACUUGUGCAAAGCCUGCUCAACUCCUCCUCCUCCUGCAGCUUCUUCAGGCAUCCCCUCAGCAGUGUUUUCAAGCCCCUCCAGACCAGGCGGUUUCUG